AUGCUUCCGUCGCGAUGGAUAAAAGUGGUAAGCUUCUUACGCGUUGGGUCAUGUAUUGCGGUUCUUGCCCAAGAAGAUUCUCUUCAGGCCUCAAUCAUCGAUAGGUCUACGUUGGACGGGAAACUAUUUGUCGGAUACCAGGCAUGGUUCCGGAAGCCGUUCGAAGAUAAUGGCAACUCCCACUGGACGACUUCACUAUCCGAUCCAGGGCUUACACUAAUUCAUUAUGUAGUCGGUGUCGACAUGGUACCUAAUAUUACGGGGUAUCCAGAAGAGUGCCUCUUUGACACCUCAUUUACUCUCCCAGACGGCAAGCCCGCACAGUUCUACACGAACGACUGCGAGUGGGUCGUGGACCUACACUUUAGCAUGAUGGCAAACUACGGUAUCAGCGGCGCUUUCAUCCAAAGGUUCUAUGGGUAUAUCAACGAAGCGAACGGAGGUUGGGUUAACAUCUUGAACUAUGCAAAAACAGCUGCCGAGAAAUAUGGGCGUGGGUUCGUGAUCGAAUACGACCUUAACGGUGCAGCAACGGGUUCCACAAACGUCACCGACACGUUUUUGGCAGAUCUAGAAGCUCUCUCCUCCAUCACCUCGUCGCCAGCAUAUAUGCAUCAAAACGGGAAGCCCGUCCUUGAGAUAUGGGGGCUCGGCAUAGUAACCGAGGUCACCGUGGAUGACGGAAUCGCAAUAGUAACAGCGCUGAAGAACGCAGGUUGGUACGUGAUACUCGGAGUCCAACAAGCGUGGCACGCAGAGCUAGCGGCAGAUCAGCCUGGCGGGUUCGGACCAGUCUACAAGCUCGCACAUAUGAUACAGCCCUGGACCGUGGGAUCUUACGACGUCAACAACUACGACGAAUUCCACGACGGAAGACAGGCCAUCGAAGACAGAAACGCAUUGCAGCAGUUGGGAUUAGAAAGCAGUAUUGUCGUGUGGCCAGGGGGCUCAAGCAGCAACGCGAACCCAAGCGAGGUGUUUGAUCACUUCCCUAGGUGGAACGGCACGUUCUAUCAAAAGCAAUUAGACGGUGCUAUUAGCUUGAAGCCUAAUUUCAUAUUCGGUGCUAUGUUUGACGAAGUGAACGAGGGAACAGCGAUAUUCCCCGUACUAAGAAAUAGGGAGUUACCUACCAAUCAACGUUUCCUAGGGAUCGACGACGACAUGGAACCGGAUAUUUAUCUGAAGAAGGCGGGAGAUGCAGCGUCAAAAUUGGCGGCGGCUUGGCAAGGGGAUUAGUGUCAACUGCAAGGGGUCAGAUUUCCCUUACGAUAACGUCGAUUACUUUUGUGAUAUACUGAACGUAUUAUCCUUCGGCUCAGGUGAUUUAGCGGUGGGUGGAUCACUGUCACUGAGCUGCAUGGUAUAAUUUA